AUGGCCUCGCGGAACUCGACGACCACGACCGCCCUAACCGCUUAUCCGACCGCUCCUUACUACGCAAAUGACGUCGACUAUAUCACCGCCUAUCUGGAAAUACACGCGCAAAGCACUCCGAGCUACAUCUACACGUAUAUUUUGUGGGCAGUCAUUGCCGUGACCUUAGUGCUCUUCGCUGCCUUUCACCUGGUCGGCCUCAGAGGCGGUUAUCUCGGUGCGCUCUGGAGCAAAUGGGCCGUCCGCCGGAGGACAUGGAGGAAGAAGCAUGCGCUCAAGGUCGCCAUGCGAAGAGGAUACCCUCACCAGCAGCCGUUACCCCUCCCCUCUAACGCCCAGAUUAUCACCUUGACAUCCAUCGUAAUUGUGACGCUCAUACUCGCGUUCGCUGGGCCAGACUACAUUGCGCCGGAGUCCACGGCUUCUAAUGCGCAGAAUACCUCCAGUGUGCCACUUACGAAACGUUCAGUCAAUGUCUCCGCGUUGACCCAGUACGUGCCUGACUACACGAUUGGCAAAGCCUGGUGGACAUCAGGCAACAGAACGGGUCUCAUUGCCUUCGCCCUCUUUCCUCUGUGCGUGCUCCUGGCGCUGAAAGCACCGCCGUUCGCAGUGCUAGCCCUGCCCUUCGUCAUUCAGCUGCAUUUCGACAAACUCGCCUGGCUGCACAGGUGGAUCGGUCGUCUCAUCUGGUUCUUCUCUGCGCUGCAUGUCAUCUUCUGGAGCGUACAGCUCGCCAUAGAGCGGAGAAGCAGCACCGGGAAGGUGCUCUACACCUACCCCUGGGAUUAUAUCAACUUCAUUUAUGGAUGGAUUGCUUUCGGCUUCAUGACAGUCCUGGUGGUUCUUUCUCUCCGCCCCAUCCGGCGGCUUCACUAUGAGAUCUUCUACUUCCUACACGUCAUGCUGGUGCCGCUAACACUCAUCUUCUCCGCCCUGCACCAUUCAUCCGUGGGAUGGUGGUGCUGGGCAGCCCUUGCGCUAUGGAUUGGAGAGCGCAUAUGGCGAUCAAUAUGGUGGUUGAAUACCAACGGCUAUUUUGACAGAGCGUUUCCAUCGCCGGCUCCGAAGAAUUCACAGAAGGGACCAGCGUUGAACGCUUCUGCUUCCCCGGAGUCGUGGGAGAUGGAGCCGAUGUCCUCCCCUCGUGCGCUGAAGAAGCUCUACAUUCCUCCUAGCUCACCGACAACAUCCAAACUGAACGUGGACGUCCAUAUCGCGCGCAUAUCAGGCAAGAUCACGUUAGGUGCCUCUGGCAGUUACGUUCCACCGCCGGGCUUUGCAUAUGCGGAGCUCCUUCCGGGACGAACGAUACGGCUACGCCUCAUAACGCCGGGCUACCUGCCCUGGGCGCCUGGGCAGCAUUUCCUCCUGAGAAUUCCCGCUAUAUCGCAGCUCGCCACGCAUCCAUUCACCGUGGCCACCGUAUGCGAUCAAGAAGCGCCAACGGACGAGGGUCGGGAGCUCGUUUUUCUGAUCCGUGCGAAGAACGGGUGGACGAAGCGUUUGUGGGACACUGUUGCGUGCACGAUUGUCAGUGGGAGGCACCACUGCUCAGGCGAGCGCCCGCCUGCGGGCUGGGAGCUCCCCGCUCGAGGCGUCGUGAUGCGCACGUAUGUGGACGGGCCGUUUGGCUCGGCGGUGCGCGCCCGGUGGGGAGCGUACUCGACUGUGCUCAUUAUUGCUGGCGGCUCAGGUAUUAGCUUUGGCCUGUCCGUGCUGCAGUAUGUGUGCCUAUGUCUCGCCGGCAGGGAUGGCUCGUCUCUUGGCGGGAAGCGAGGUGGAUGGGGGAAGCCCGGUUUCAACGUCAGACGUGUUCGCCUUGUUUGGCUGGUACGCGAGUUCAGCCAUAUACAGUGGUGUGCCACGAUCUUGCGCCGAUGUAUGUCGAUGAUCUCAAGCUCGGAGCUGCAGGUGGACAUAUUCGUGACGAAUGUCAAAAUGAUCCAAGAACCUUCUUUAGCAACGAUGCUGCACGCACCUUCAACAGACACUCUCCUUCCUCCAACACCGCUCUUUGCGCGGCAGGAUCAUGUGAAGACGGAAGAAGAACACACUCGUUUGGGGUCCAUCUCCUCCGCUGACGGGGAGGUGGACGACGUUUUUGAUCCGCAUUAUCACCAGGACGACUAUGUCGAGCGGGGAAGCGAACUGGGGCACGAGGAGCAUGUCCUGGACCUGACUAAUUUCGAGGGUGAUGACGACACAGCGAUGCCUGGUGAGAAGCAAUUCGGGAACUCGGUGAAGAGAGAGGGGAGGUUACGCAGGGCUGCGUCGCAGGCCGCGCUGUUGUCUGGGAAGCGCAAGCGACAUCAGGAGGGGGACGAUGAGAAGGAUAAUGGCCUGGACCAUGAUUUCAAUACAUCGUCAGUGCGACUGGUCGCCCAGAGGGAGAAUGUUGAUCCCGUGUGGUCGAUCGUAGAGCAUUCUGAAGACGGACCAUCUAACGUGCUAUCGCCCGACUCCCCCGACUCUUCCUGCUCGCCGACGCGACGUGCGAUACCUCUAUCACCCACCUCACCACACUCUACGCUCGUGCCUGACUCCGCGACAUCCACUUCAACGUUCCUCCUCUCUGACUCCCCGCAAUCGCCGAAGGGCAAGGCAAGAGCAAGUAUGUCCCCUUCGUCACCCACGAGCGCCGCAUCGCGGCCAUUCUCGCCUGGUUCGCAGGCGAGUGGGUGGUCCGAGGCUGGGAGCCUCGCGGCGCUGGUAUCGGAGGUAGACGUCGGAAAGAGCGGGGAACAUCUGCGGCUAGAGCUUGACGAGCAGGAGCUGCGGGAUGUGGGUGUCGUCGCGGAACAUGCCCGUCCUGGGAAGCCGCGGUUGGAUAGAAUUGUCGCAGACGAGGUACAGCUGGCCCAGGGGCCUAUCGUGGUUGGAUGUUGCGGCCCAUUGUCACUGAACGCCGUCGUGCGCAAGGCCAUCGCGUCGCAGAUCAACCUCGAACGAAUACGACGGGGAGACCUAAGCGGCUCCAUCACGCUGGUGUCUGAGGAUUUCGAAUACUGA